ACUCGGGUUUCCCUCGUAUUCGGCCAAUCCAGCAGGUUUUCUGUACACAGCUAUCGUACUACCGUCGUCGUUCACACCUGGAAGACCUUGAAUCAAUCAACUUCAUCAUGCACGGUGCCUGCGCUGUCGGUGUUCUCUGCACUCUACUUACUUCGGUGUUGGGGGUGGCUGCACAGGAAGAGGGUGGAGAGCUCGUGGGACGGAAGACAUGUAUCGUCGCAGCCGGCGGGAGCAACACAACCGACGACGCGCCAGCUAUUUUGGACGCAUUUAAGAAAUGCGGCCAGCAUGGCAGAGUCGUGUUUGAGCCCAAGACAUACCAUAUUAGCUCGGCCUUGAACGUGACUUGGCUGGACGACGUUGAAAUUGACCUCCAGGGGACUCUAUUGUGGAGCACCGACAUCCCGUACUGGCUUGCCAACUCUUUGGACGUCGGAUACCAGAACCAGUCUACCGCAUUCAUCCUUGGCGGGAACAACGUCCGCGUCAAUGGCCAUGGCAAAGGCACCUUUGACGGCAACGGCGAUUAUUGGUAUGACUGGAUUCGACAACAGCCCAACUCGUCCAACUACCCUGGUCGCCCGCAUGCCAUCACACUCAACGGGCUGAGAAACUCCGUUGUCAAGGGGGUGAACUUCUUGAGAAGUCAAAUGUGGACCAUGUCCAUCAUCUACUCUCACAACGUGGUCCUUGACAGCAUACUCGUCAACAACACUGGAAACCGCUUCCAAAGUUCCAACACGGACGGCGCCGACACGAUCCGGUCGUCAGGCAUCAAGUUCAACAACUGGACCGUCUACAGCGGAGACGACAGCAUCUCCCUCAAGGCCAAUAGCACCGACAUCAGCAUCACCAACUCCAAGUUCUACAAUGGGCUUGGCAUCGCGCUCGGGAGCAUCGGGCAGUACAACGACCAGUUCGAGACGAUCGAGAGGCUGAACGUCGAGAACUGCUUUUUCGACAACACACUCCACGCCGUCUACUUCAAGACUUGGACCGAUGAUCAAAACGGCUACCCUCCGAACGGUGGUGGCGGCGGUCUCGGCUUCGCCUCAGAUAUGUCCUUCAAGAAUCUCACCGUCUCAGGCAUGCGUGGCGCCGCUUUCUCCAUCUCCCAGUGCACCCGCUUCCGCGGCGCCCCCGGCGUAGGUAACUGCACCAACUCGCAGUUCCAAAUCCGUGAUGUCACCGUCCGCGGCAUGACGGGCACGACCAAGUCUGCCCGCGUAGCCAGCCUCCAAUGCAGCGCCGUCGCACCCUGUACCGACAUUGGGCUCUUCGACGUCGACCUGCGCUUCUUGAACGGGACAGCCGCCGCGUCGUACUUGUGCGGCAACGCGGCAAGCCCGAGGGGCUUCGAGUGUACCGGCACGCCCUGUGUUGGAGGGAGCGCGACGGGGGAAUGCUGAGCGACAACGCGUUGUGAAGGGGGCUGUUUGGCUGGAGAUAGAGGAGGAGGAUUUCCAGUUGUGAAGUGACUAGACGUCAUUCACGUCACGUUGCGAGAGGAACUUAUGCUCCGGCG